AUGUGCAUUAUGUUCUGGGACCAUAAAAAUAAUAUGCUAUCAGUUGCUGUAACCAAUCUUGAACAUUUACAAAAAUGUACUGGCCAAUCUAUUGCGGACAAUGUUAUUGCUGCCAUUAUAAACCAUGGACUAGAACCGAAAAAAUGUCAAGCUUGG